GCAAUUAGUAUUAUUGUACAGGACAUCUCUCGUAAAAAUUUACUCAAUUGGCAACUAAAAUUAUUUAAUUUUAGUUGAAUUGGGUUGUUUGGUGUAGUGAAAUAAUCGGCGGCGGCAUGGCGAAGACAGAUUUGUCGAUGGUAUGCAGAGGCUUAGCCUGUGCCCUAAGCAUCGCAGCAGCUUCGACGAUGACACUGUGCCGCGUAGAUGUCAACAAGAAUGGCAUCACUUUCGUUAUAUCACACAGAUUUUGGGGCAGCUUCAAGUUCUUUAAGGUUAUGGCUUUUAUCGGAGGAUCUUACAACUUUCUUGUUAUUUUUCUUCCUAAUGGAAGUCCGUUGUGGCGGUUGGUGGUCAUCAUAGAUGUGAUUGUGAACAUGGUCCAAGCUUCAGGCGUGAGCGCAGCAAUGUACACCUAUUUUCUUCUCCGGGAUGGGAAUUCUCAUGUGAAAUGGUGGCCGGUUUGUAUAGUGUCGCCGGAAUUCUGCUCCAAGGUUUUAGGAGCCACUAUUGCUGGUGCGCUCGGCCUACUCUUCCACUUCACACUCACGUGCUAUGCAGUUUAUAUUAUUCUCGAUCCUCUUCUCCAUUAUGCCGACCAAAGAGCUGAGGAUGACAACGUUAAUCAGUAGAAUGAGUUUUUCUACUCCUUAAUAGGUAGGUAGUGGAUCGGAUCAGAUGGCCGGCCUUUGGAUUAAUAUGAGUUUAUUAGAAAAGAAGAAGAAUAGUAGAAUCUCGAUCGAGGUGUCACUCUGAUUUAAUGUUCAUGAUGAUUGUCUUGUUUUAUGAUGUUUUCUAUGGAACUCUUUCCCUCCCAC